AAAUGGAUUGAAGAUUUCUCUAUUUCUCUUAAAUCCUCCUUCAAGAACAUGUCUGGAACACUUAGGAAAUCACUCACUUCAGAAGAUUGGACAACAGUUGAUUUACGAGAGCUACAAGAAUUGAGAGAGAGGACAGAGAAGAUCCAAGCUGCGUCCAGAGUCUCACGGGUCAAGUAUCUGAUAAGUUUGGUUGUCUUAAUCGUGUUAGUAUCAAGCGGCCUAGUUGCAUUCAUAUUUUAUCAACAAGUCAUUUCAUCGAAAGGCGAACCCUCAAAAGCAGGGUCCCCCCCAAAACAGGUUCCAAUGGAUGUAGCACACACCGAUACAGCAACGCUGACUUCGAAAAAAGAUCUCCAACAUCAGCCUCUGCUCGAAGGCUCUAGCACUUCAAGAAAGUCUCCCUCAUUGGAAGCUCUCGUCGACUCGUCAAACUCAGUGGCCAAAACAGACACGUCUUUGUUCGUGACUUCAAAAAGAACUACACCAACAACAAUGAAAGCCGAACGAUUUGAAGCACUGACCUAUAUGCAAAACAGCAUUGAUUUGAAUGUCAAUCCGUGUGAAGACUUUUACCAGUUCGCAUGUGGCAAAUGGAAUACAAGUUAUCAUUUGCCGAAUAGCAGUUUAGAAGUCAAUAUGUUUUCACUCAUUGAAACUAAAACAUUCAACGAGAUCAAAGCUCUACUUGAGGCCCCUGCCAAAGAUGAAGAACAACCCAGUCUCAGGAACACGAGAAAAUAUUUUACUUCAUGCAUGAAUGAAGGUUUGAUCGACCAGAUGGGCUAUGACACAUUGAAAGAAAUACUUCUUCAAGAGUUUGAAGGCUGGCCUCUGACAUACAGUAUGUGGGAUGAAUCUAAAUUUGAUCUCGAGGCAACAGUGAAAAACCUGAAUUCCUAUAAUGUUUCAACUCUUUUUUAUUUCACUGCCGACUCUGACCUCAUGAACAAUAGUUAUCGAACUUUGCAGAUUGGACGAGGUGAUUUUGAAACGAUUGAUUUGAUUGGUGUGACACAAAAAGAUUUGAUUUUUAAAAACUAUGGAACGCUUAUAACUGAAGUAGCGAGACUCCUAGGUCCUUACACUUACAACGUGUCGGUUCUAAUGGAGGAUGUGAAAGCAAUGGUACAGUUGGAGAUUGAUCUGGCUUCAUUGAAAGAAGGAUCUGAAGGGUACACCACUCUCAAGUCUCUUGUCGAUACAAGUCAUACGAUGCAACAAUUUCAGGUAUUUGAUUGGAUGAAAUAUGUGACCAUAGUAAUGUCUGCAUCGGAAGUAGCAGUUAAUGAUGUCAACGAAAAUGAGAAGAUAUUAUUGAAGGAUGUUAUCUAUUUACCUGGAAUGGUGGGCGUGAUCUCCAAAACAACAAACAGAACUCUUGCCAACUACUUAGUAUGGAAAUUCAUAUUAACGUGUAUCAAAGCAAUGACGCUGCCAAGAAGAUUCUUUGAUCUUUAUGAGGAAUAUUUGAGCCCAAUAAUGAAGAUUGGAACCACUGACCGUUCUAGAUUAUGUACAUCCACAACUUCCAAUAUUUACAUGUACGCUGUCGCUCAAAUGUUUGUCUCUGAGCAUUUCGAUGGCGAAUCAAAUAAAAAAGCUAGAGAUCUAAUUAAAGAGAUACAAAAAUCUACUGAUUGGGCUUUAGAAAUGAAUGAAUGGAUGGACAGGAAAACAAAGAUCUUCGCCAAGGAAAAGCUGAAGUUGAUGGAUUUAGAGAUUGGUUAUCCAGAAGAACUUGAAAACGAUGAAUACUUGAAUCACUUAUACAUCAACUAUGCACCUCAAAAUGAGUUAUACAUUUGGAAUUAUAUGAAAGUUAUGAAAGAAAUAACUAGUGCUAAACUUCGCAUGGUUCGGGAGUCAUUGGACUUGAAAUCCUGGACGAUGAGUCCCGUCACUUCUGCUGUUGCGCACAUACUGAACAGAAAUCAAGUCAUUAUACCUGCUGGUGUGUUGAGGUAUCCAUUGUUUCACAAAAAUUAUCCUAAGUCAGUGAAUUAUGGUGCUAUCGGAGUUCUUAUGACCCGCGAAAUAUUGCACGGAUUUGAUAGUAUAGGGGCCAAAUUUAACCAGAAUGGACAUUUACAAGACUGGUGGUCAGAGAAUACUAGACGAAAUUUUACACAAAAAAUUCAAUGUUUGACUGACCAGCUCAACAAAUAUUUUAACAAGGAAAUCAAUGCUAGGGUGAACCAAAAGCUAAAUAAAGUAGAAAACUCUGCUGAUAAUGGAGCAAUCAAGAUAGCUUACAAGGCAUACAGAAGCAGCAUAGAAGCAGAAGGCAAAGAGGAACCUAUUCUGCCAUCUCAAAACUUGACACACAAUAGGAUGUUUUUCUUAAGCUUCGCUCAGACAUUUUGUUCAGAGAUUAGCGUUGAUUAUUUAAAAUACUUGAAAACAUUUAAUCGACACCGCCAAGACAUUAUUAGAGUCAAUGCCGCUAUCCAAAACUCUCCAGAGUUCGCCGAUGUCUAUUCUUGCCCUCUUGGUUCUCCUAUGAACCCAAAAAACAAAUGCUUUCUAUGGUAACGCAGACAACAGGAAAGGAAAGUUUUGUUUUAUUAUGUUCAUUAAUAAAAAUUUGCACAUUUUUAA